CUCCUCCUCCGAUGAGCCGGGGCUUGUACCUGAGCGCUGACCCGACCUGAGGCUCGUCUCCCGGCUGCAGCACCAUGGGGAUCUCCGCCUCCAGUCUGCUGGACGACCACAGGUCCACCUUCAUCACAGGCCAGGCCGAGGCUGAGCUGAAGGACUUCAGUCCGUACUACAGGAAGCAGUUUUCCGUGGCUCGGUUGUCUCAGGUGGAAGACGAGCUGGAGCAGCAGAAGGCGUCGACGACUCAGCUGCUCAGACAGAGGCAGGAGGCUCCUCAGGCGGGCGAGGUUCUGUACGAGGAGGUCGUCCUUUACUUCGACGACACCAGGAAGUGGAGGGAGAGGUACGUGGUGGUGAGAGCCAACUACUGCCUGGAGUGUCACGAGAGCCUGGAGACGUUUGUCAAAGGAGUUCCUCCGCGACAAAAGCUGCUGCCCACAGGGGGCACUGUUCUGACCACAGAGGAGAAGUACAUGUCUAUGGUGGACAAGUGUUUUCCUGACGAGACCAACGUGAACGAGGACUUUGCUCCGCCUCUGUCGGGGAUGCCGGGUCAGUUUCCGGUUUACCUGCGUCUGCCGUACAGGAGAGACUCGUACUUCUGCUUCAGACAGCAGGUGAAACAGGAAGCCUUCCUGUCCAUCCUGUCCGACUGCAUCAGACACCAGAACCAAGACUUCCUGAAGAAGCAGACGUGUGAAGUCCAGGCCUUCCUCAAAGCCAUCCAGCUCUACAGACAGGACAAGGGCAGAUAUGAGGCUUGGGACAUGCUGAUAGGAAGUGAUGUCAGGGUGAUGGCAAAUGUGGUGAUGGAGCAGCUGCUUCCGUCUCUGGAGAAAGACAUGCUGCCUGGUCUCAAAGCCAAGAAGACGGAGAAGAAGAGAGUUUGGUUCGCUACGGUGGAGGCGGCGUACGUCCUGGUCCAGGAGCAUCUUCUGGAGGGACUGUCGGCGCUGAAGGAGGAAUGUCGGACGUCGGUGCGGCAGCAGGAAGUGCUGAUCCACUCCGACAUGGACCAGAUUCUCAGCUCCAGACGUCAGCUGGGGGAAAAGGUCCAAGCCAAAGUGUCGGAGGCAGCGGAGAAGCUGUGCUCGGAGUCGGUCCAGCCGUACCUGGGCUCCGUCCUGGAGGAGCUGAUGGAGCCAAUCAGCUCGGGUUUCCAGGAGGGACGACAGCUGAGCGAGAACAUGAUGGACAGGUGUCAGGACGUCCUGCUGGCAGAAGACAAAGAGGAACUGAAGAAGCUUCUCUUCGUCAUGUCGAGACCGAACCUGCUGAGCUGCUACCAGAAGAUCGGCUCCCUGCAGGAGAAGCUGCAGCACCUGCAGGAGAGAUUCUCCUUCUCCAACAUCCCAGGAGUGAUCCACAGCGCUCAGAUCGACCUGCAGCUGCUGAUGGAGAACGCAGCCUACACGUUCGAGCAGCUGCUGCACAAGGCCGUGCAGGACAACCCCGACAGCCCCGACAUCGCCGGCUCCGCCCUGGAGAAGGCCAAACACAGAGUGCUGAAGCAAUACGACUACGACAGCAGCACAGUGAGGAAGAGGAUCUUCCAGGAGGCGCUCGUCUCCAUCACGCUGCCCUUCAUCAAGAAGAACCUGGCCCCCACCUGCAGGACUGAGCUUCAGGAUCUGGAACAGUUCAUCUACGCCGACCACUCCAACUUCAUCCAUGUGGAGAACGUUUAUGAGAGCAUCCUCCUCCAAACGCUGGACAAGGAGGUCACCAAAGUGGUGAAGGAGGCGGCAAGCCUGAAGAAAUACAACCUGUUCACAGAAAGCAGGGACCUCGCCAGCCGCUCCAGCCGCUCCAGCCUGUCCUCCCCGUCCGUCUCCACGCCGGGCAGCCCCGCCAUGUCGCUGGCCUCCCCUGCUAGAACCAGCUUUGAGCCCCAGCUGCCCUCUCCUCUUGCGUUCAACGGUCUGUCCUCCAUCCCCCAGAGGGACGAGAAGGAGGAGGCAGAGAUAGGCGCGCCGCAGAGCGCAGCCUUAACGGACGUGACGCUGAUCGAGACGCCUCUGGGCGAAGUCGCUCAUAGUGUUGCUGUCAGCGAGGAGAGGGAGAUACCUGCACCCAGAGCAGAAGAGGUCGUCCAGACUGUGAAGGCAGAAGCAGACGUCCCCGUCCAACCUGAGACGACAGCUUUAAAAGACACAAGCGCUCAGAAUGAGACACAAGACGUCCGUGUGGCAGCAGCUCCAGAGACUGUGAUCCAAGAGGAAGUGAUUCCUGUCCAGACUCAGAAAGUGGAGACGGCUGCUGAGCCGGAGCCGACGAGCACAGAUGUUCUAGAAGAAGCAGGAGCAGCUGCAGAAAGUUUAAAGACAGAUGUUGAAGAAGAAGCUGCACAAACAGAAGCUGCUGAAACAGAACCUGCCUCAGAGGGAAGUGGUUCUCCGCUCGCAGCCGCCAGGGAGGGACACGCACAGAGCUCACCAGUCACGUCAGAGGCUCCCCCUAGUGGGGAAGCAGCUGCAGACACACCUGGAGAUGUCUGCCUGGGCAUGAUGGGAAAUGAAGUAGAACCAGUCACUGUCUCAGAACCCAACUCUCUGCAUGUGUCAGUUGGCAGCGAGUCACCGCCCUCAGAGGUGGAGUCCACAGAGGACGUCAAAGCCACGCAGAGCAGCGAGGACGAGGGCUCAACAACCUCCGAUGUCCUGGAGGACGACCACAGUCCAUCACCUGUGAGCUCAGACGACGCCCCCGAGGCCACGAGCACCGGGCCCCCUCAGACCCAGACGGAGGAGGCCCCCGAGGCCACGAGCACCGGGCCCCCUCAGACCCAGACGGAGGAGGCCCCCGAGGCCACGAGCACCGGGCCCCCUCAGACCCAGACGGAGGCAGUGAGCGGUGAUGUCCGUGUGAGCGAGGACGUCGGAGCAGGAGCGAGCUCGGAAACUGAGGCAACAGAUGCUCCGACCUCUGAGCCUGUCGCAGAGGAGGCCCCUGUCGCAGAGGAGGCCCCUGUCGCAGAGGAGGCCCCUGUCGCAGAGGAGGCCCCUGUCGCAGGGGAGGCCCCUGUCGCAGAGGAGGCCCCUGUCGCAGAGGAGGCCCCUGUCGCAGAGGAGGCCCCUGUCGCAGAGGAGGUCCUGUCCAGUCCCGGAGCUCGAGCGCUGGACUGCAUCAAGGACAUCCGUGACCUGGUGGAGGAGGUGAUCGACGUGGAGGAGCUGGUGCAGCGUUACCCCAGCGGGAUUCCAAAAGAAGAAUAAAACAUCGGGACCAAUCCCGGCUGCAUCACAGGACGUGUGAUGCUCCAGCAGGACCAAGUAUUUUAGGAUGUUCUAGUGUCGUCUACUGAAAGAACCAUUAUGACCAGGACUUUCCUGACAGACCUGAACAUCUGCUCCACAUCGAGGAACCGUCCACUAACGCCUCCACAGACUUCAACACAUAUGCAUGAAAUUUAGUUAUUUAUAUAAAUCAUCACAUCAGGCUUCUGUUUCAUUCACUUAUUUCUUUUCAUCUAUUUUAGCACAAAACAGAUUUUAGAAAACUUUAGAUUUAGAUAUUUUUAUGACAGAAGAUUGUGAAUUAAAUUCUGAGUCUAUUUUAAAGGAUGUGAACGGGGGGGCGCUGACACAUGCUGAGCUAUCGGCUGCUGUAAACACCGAACACUAUUCACAACUCUUCAUGUUUUCACAGACGAGGAAUCAGACGUCUGACUCUGUGUCACUGGAACCGGGCUGACCUCUGAACAAUCAGUUCAGAGACAGAUUAGUGUCACAGUUUGAUUUGUAAUUUGUUUAAAAAUCUCUUUAUCACAUUUUAAUAUAUUUGACCUUGUGAUCUAAAUCAAUAUCCAGAUUCACUCCACAGCUGCUCAUUGAUCUUCAUUGUGAUUUUUCUUCUUGAGCUACUGAAGGAUUUUCUUUUUUGAUCUAAAAGAAUCAAGGUCUCAAAGUGCCUCCAUGUCCAUGUCGUCCUCACGUGCCUUAAACGUCAUGAAGAAGAAAGGAGGCUGGCUGCUCAGUGCCUUUACCCGUAGAGAACGUUUAGACCACGAUUCGAGUUCAGGGACGACUUGACCUUCAACUGUUCACAUGUUUAAUCUGUAACAAUCUGUAUUUCUGUGUCAACUCUGGUUUGGAUUUUGAAGCAGAAGAAAUAAUAAAAGGUUUAAUUUGCCAUUAAAACAAAAA